AUGGCCGGUAACAAUCCAGAAGAACAGCCCACACAAGACGUAGAAGUCCCAACCAAUGAACCGGAACCGGCACUACCACCCUCGAUUCCCUCGAACCUAGCCUACCGUCUGUAUAUAUCCCAUUUUCUGUCGACAUGGAACUCGCGCCUCUUUGAAUUCGGAUCCGUCCUUUUCCUAGCUUCGAUAUACCCACAAACUCUGCUACCUAUGUCUGUUUAUGCGCUGGUGCGUAGCGGUGCAGCAAUCGUAUUUUCUCAGGCAUUGGGCUUCUGGAUUGAUCGUGGUGAGCGACUGGCUACCGUACAGACGUCAAUCGUCGGACAGCGACUGGCGGUCGCGGGGAGUUGUGUUAUUUUUGGGCUACUGCAACAAGAGAAUGACAUAAUACGAGGUGGGAAGGUAAAGGACGGGCUUUUUGCGGUUACGGUAGUGUUGGCGUGCGUGGAGAAAUUGUGUUCUGUGCUGAACACGGUGUCAAUCGAGAGAGAUUGGAUUGUCGUCAUUACCGAAGGGAACGAAGGGGUUCGAAGAGUGAUGAAUGCGCGAAUGCGGAGAAUUGACCUCUUCUGCAAACUCGUUGGACCAUUGACAAUUUCUUUGGUAGCUUCGGCGUCAACCCUGAUUGCAAUACGUGUUACUUUUGCAAUGAGUGUGGCUUCAGUUCUGGUUGAAGUUCUGUGUAUUGCUCAGGUUUACAAGGCAUUUCCUCAACUUCGACGCAACGAAGUCGACGAAGAGACAAUAAAUACUACUAUGCAACAAACCUCGACCCCUGCAACACUUGUCCGUUGCUUGAAUAUCGGACUCCGGAACAUCCUGCCUAUCUCAUCACUUCGCUUCUACUUCACUCACCCCGCAUUCGUACCAUCAUUCGCACUAUCCCUCCUUUACUUCACUGUAUUGUCCUUUUCCGGCCAAAUGAUUACGUAUCUCGUCUCUGUCGGCUACAGUACACUCUACAUUGGUAUCGCGCGAACAGUAAGCACUGCCCUGGAACUUAGCGCAACAUGGAUCGCUCCUCGGAUGAUGAAACGGGUCGGUGUUGUGCGUGGCGGAAUAUGGAGUCUAUGCUGGCAGAUGGCCUGGCUCGGUGUUGGAGUAACAUGGUUCUUUGCAAAUUCCAAUCGUGAAGGCCGAGACGUAAUUAUUGCAGCGACUGGACUUGCUGUUGGGGUCGCUUUGAGUCGAAUCGGGCUCUGGGGGUAUGAUCUGUGUGCGCAGAAUCUUAUUCAAGACGUGAGUCAAUACAUUCACAUUCAAAGAAAAGGUAUUGAUCGGAAAGAUAGGAAAUCGAAGAUUCGCAUCGCGGAGAAUUCUCCACCGCCGAAGCCGCUUUUCAAAACCUAUUCGAACUAUUGUCUUAUGCGUCAACGAUCAUCUUUUCAAAGCCGUCGCAGUUCCAGUGGCCGGUCGCUAUCAGUACGGUAGCAGUGUAUAUGGCAGGCGGACUGUAUGCGUAUUUCGUGCGCCGGAGAAGGGGGCAUUUGUUCCAUCCUCCGGAGUGGAUGCUAAUUAAGCGACAAGCUGUAUAGUUCUCUGGCUUGUAUGUACCGCAAAGUCGAGUCUUCGACGUUCAUCUGUGAAAUGGUCGGUUAUAAACCGCUAGAUCCAGCACGUUAGCCAGAAGUGACUCGCAGAGGCCAAG